ACGGGUCCGCACCCUCUGCUAUUACUCGCUAGACUGCGCCACCUGCCUCCUCCGCAUCGUCCACCGUCCUACGUUCUACGAGAUGGUUGAUAAGCUCUAUGCUACGCCACAAGAGUCUUGGGGAAACGAGGAACACAGGUUCCUCGGCUUGCUCUACUCGGUGCUGGCACUGGGAUGCGUGUACAACGUCUCCCAAGACGACGACGCCCAAGGGCCUGUAACGUACCAGUCGGCGGUGGGAGAAGGGUGAGUUAUGGCGUCUCUCUCUCUCCCUCCCUAUCAGGUGGUUGCAGAAUGCCGCGAUAUGACUUCUCUCCAGGCACUCGUGUACAUGAUCCUCUUCCUGCAGGCAACGUCCAACAUCAGCGACUGCUACGCAUUCCUCGGCAUUGCCCUCCGCUCGUGCCUGCGCAUGGGUCUACACCGCCAUAUUGCCCACCACAAGAUCACCCCUAUCGAAGACGAGACGAGGCGGCGAGUGUUCCACGUCAUCCGCCAGAUGGACUUCUACGUCUCCGCCAUCUUGGGGUUUCCUCUCCUGCUACAUGACGAGGAUGUCGAUCAACCCCUCCCGACCGAGGUCGAUGACGAGUACAUCACCAAGGAGGCAAUCCAGAUGCCGCCGCCGGGUACUCCCUCGUUCUUUCAGGCAUUUAAUGCGCACAAUAGGCUCAUGAGGAUCCUGGCGAGGGUGGUCAAGGACAUCUACCCCUUGCGAGGGAUGGAAAACGACGUCAAGGGGCAGCGCAAGGACAACAAAACGUUCAUGAUCAGCUACUCCCGCAUCCGGGCCAUCGAGGCAGAGCUCCAAGAGUGGCAGUCUCAACUGCCCGACUACUGGCGCCCAAGCCACGACGGCCCGAUCGAGGUCAUCCGUGUUCGGACUCUCCUACGCUUCGGAUACGCUCAUGUCCAGAUGAUGCUCUACAGGCCGUUCCUUCACUAUAUCUCGCCGCGGCUGACUGCCGGCAAGCAGAUAGACAACCGCUACUACAACUGCGCCGCAGCAGGCAUUACGGUCUCGCGCAAUAUCGUCCACAUUGGGAUCGAGAUCCAAAAGCAGGCAGCGCUCAUAGGACCGUAUUGGUUCAUUCUGUACACUAAAUUCUUCGCUAUCCUAUCCCUCCUCUUCUUCGUUCUCGAGAACCCUGACAAGCCGGGGUCUGCCGAGAUCCUGGCCGAUGCCAAAGCCGGGAGGGAGGUCAUCGCAACCCUUGCGAAACGGAGCCUGGCGGCCGACCGCAUCACGGCGGCACUGAACCCCUUAUUUGACCAGCUGCCGGACCGCUUGAAGAAUCCGAUCGCGCGGCCAACACCGACCAAGAAACGGUCUGCUCCGGCUCCGAACCUCGCGCAAGGGUCCAGGGCAGGUAGCGCCACCCCACCGAGUCGCCCGGAUCUGCAGGACAGCAUGCCGCAGCGGAGGUCGGAGGAGAUGGCUCGUCCCGCCAUCGGCCUCCUUCGGCGAGACUCACGGGCGCCUCCUCAACGAACGGCGUCUUUCGACACCAUUGCGUUCCAGCACGGCAGCCUGGGGGGACAGACCUUCACCAGCUUCCAGGACAUGUUACCGUUGAACAUGCCGCUGUCGGGGCCCGGUUCCGACUCGGGCAGCACUCAAGGAACGAUGCACAGUCACGCCCAGGGCUUCCAGCAAGUACAACACACAGGCGGGCCCGUCGGUUCGUUGUACAAGAUGGACGCAAUGAUGUUCCCGUCCGAGGACCCUUUCGCGUACCCUCACCAACCGCCGAUGGAUCCGGCCAGCCAGCACCCAGCGGGUCAGACACCGCAGUCGAACGCUGGCCAACCCCAUGACGCGAUGCAAUUCUAUAUCCCCAACAUGUACGACGGCAUCGAAGGUCAGCUCUUAGACCCCAUCCCCGGAUAUCUCAUACCGCAGGGGCAGAGGCAAGCCCGGCACGGUCUUGACGGCACGGCUCAGAUGUACAACCCCCCUAGCAUGCUGAAUAUGCAGCCGGGGCACGCACACCAGCAACUGCAGCAUCAUCAUCACCAGCAGAUGGCCGUCCAACAGCAGUUAGCCCAGGGGCGGCGGCAGCAGCAGCAGCAGCAGCAGCAUCAGCAGCAACAGCAGCAGCAGAGCAGUGGUGGCAUGGUGGACGAGAUGUUGACGGGUCCAGGCUUUCGAGGAGAAUGGGAAGAUAUGAUGGGCAAUCCCGGAUACCAAUGAACAAGCAGAGGUUGUGCGGCAGACAGCUGAGCCGAGGAAACACUGU